UAUAAAUAAGGUGAAAAGGAGACUGGAGUGCCACUUUAAGAGUAGUCCCUGUACCGGUUAGUCCGGUUAGUCCCCACCCAAACACAAGCGUACCAGGCUGCUGUAGUGUACCUGGGCAUACUGCUUGCGGGGCUGAAUAAUUAUUGGACUAGGCUACACGCGAAAUCAGAUCACUUUUCUCCCAAAUACUUGGAAGAAAGAAGUAGCCAACUAAAGUCGGGAGGCAGUCGAUCCAAAUGUUUUGUCCAUAAACUUUUUUGAGCGUUUCCUAUUGUUAAGAAUGAACAACUACACUGCACAAAAGGUCCAUUGAUUAUAGGACAAGGGCUGCUCCGCUGCCACUCUACUGAGAAGGUAUCACGUCGCCAUGACGGAGAAGGGCACGCCUUCCUUGGCUGUGACCAAGGUUGCUCUGUCCUCGGGCUCAGAGACGGGAGGAGGUGGAAUUGGAGAGGGACAGCCUGAUGCCAGUAGUACCUACUCUGAUCUAUCGGCACUGGCCAACCUGUUUGAGAGUGAGGAGGGCUCCCAGUCAACUCCGGACCUGCCCCAGGACCCUGCUCAGAAUCUAGCCCGACCAGGCCAGCUGCAGCCAGGGGACGGCCGACAGAACCUCCGCAUGAAGUUCCACGGUGCCUUUAAGAAGGGCAUCUCCAACCCCAUGGACUUGCUGGAGUCUACCAUCUAUGAGUCACCCGUGGUGACUGGCCCCAAGAAAGCCCCCAUGGACUCACUCUUUGACUAUGGUACCUACAGUCACACCAACAACAAGAAGCAAGGCAGGAAGAAGCUCCUACGAGGUAAGACUGAGAUGUCCUGCGAUGAAGGUGUGGACCCUACAGGCUCAGAUCCACCCAUGGUGAUUAAAGAGUUUAACCGCACGCUGCUCUUCGAUGGCGUGUCACAGGCCGACCCAGAGGCCCUUUCAGGCCUGCUGGAGUACCUGCAGGGUCACGACAAGAGGCUCACCGACGAGGAGUUCAAAGAACCUUCUACAGGUAAGACGUGCCUGCCUAAAGCCCUUCUGAACCUGUACAACGGUCAGAAUGACACCAUCCCUCUGCUGAUGAAUAUCGCAGAACAGACGGUCAACCUCCAUGAUUUCAUCAACACACCCUUCAGAGAUGUCUACUACAGAGGCCAGACGGCGCUCCACAUCGCCAUCGAGAGGCGCUGUAAGCAGUAUGUGGAGCUGCUGGUGGAGAAAGGGGCGGAUGUCCACGCCCAGGCCCGCGGACGCUUCUUCCAACCCAGGGACGAGGGGGGCUACUUCUACUUUGGCGAGCUGCCUCUGUCGCUGGCAGCGUGCACCAACCAGCCAAACAUGGUACACUACCUGACCGAGAACGCCCACAAGAAAGCCGACCUUAGACGGCAGGACUCACGCGGCAAUACUGUGCUGCACGCCCUGGUGCACAUCGCCGACAACACUCGGGACAACACCCGCUUCCUCACUAAGAUGUAUGACCUGCUGCUGACCAAGUGUGCCAAGCUCUACCCAGAAGGCAGUCUUGAGGACGUGCUCAACAACGACGGCAUGUCGCCCCUCAUGAUGGCGGCCAAGCUGGGAAAAAUUGGGGUUUUCCAGCACAUAAUUCGCAGGGAGAUCAAGAACGAGGAGGCGCGUCACCUCUCUCGGAAGUUUAAGGACUGGGCGUACGGCCCCGUGUACUCCUCCCUGUACGACCUCUCCUCCCUGGACACCUGUGGAGAGGAGGUGUCCGUGCUAGAGAUCCUGGUCUACAACAGCCGCAUUGAGAAUCGCCAUGAGAUGCUGGCUGUGGAGCCCAUCAACGAGCUGCUGAGAGCCAAGUGGCAGAAGUUUGCUGCCGUCACCUUCUACAUCAGUGUUGUGUCCUACCUGUUGACCAUGAUCAUCUUCACCCUGGUGGCCUACUACCGCCCAUCCCAGGGAACGCCUCCGUACCCCUAUACCACCAACACAGACUACCUGCGUAUGGUAGGGGAGAUUGUCACCCUGUGCUCUGGAGUCUUUUUCUUCCUCACCAAUAUUAAGGACCUCUUACUGAAGAAAUGCCCUGCGGUGAACUCAGUAUUUGUCAAUGGAUCUUUUCAACUGCUCUACUUCAUCUACUCUUUGCUGGUGAUAGUGACUGCAGCCCUCUACCUGUCGGGUAUCGAGGCCUAUGUGGCUGUGAUGGUGUUUGCGUUGGUCCUGGGCUGGAUGAACACUCUCUACUUCACCAGAGGCCUGAAGCUCACCGGCACCUACAGCAUUAUGAUACAGAAGAUUCUCUUCAAAGAUUUGUUCCGGUUUCUGCUGGUCUACCUGCUCUUCAUGAUUGGAUACGCGUCAGCUCUAGUGUCCCUCCUGACAGUGUGCCCAGGGCCGGAAGAGGUGUGUCCAGAGAAAGGUGGCUGCCCCACAUACCCCCAGUGCCGGGACACAAACACCUUCAGCAAAUUCCUGUUGGACCUGUUCAAACUGACCAUCGGGAUGGGCGAUCUGGACAUGGUCAGCAGGACUCAGUACCCGGCUGUCUUCCUCAUCCUGCUGGUCACCUACAUCAUACUCAGCUUUGUUCUACUGCUCAACAUGUUGAUCGCUCUGAUGGGAGAGACGGUGAGCCAGGUGUCCAAGGAGAGCAAGAAGAUCUGGAAGCUGCAGUGGGCUACGACCAUCCUGGACAUCGAACGCUCCUUCCCUGUGUGUCUGCGGAAGUCAUUUCGGUCUGGGGAGAUGGUGACAGUGGGGAAGAACUGGGACGGCACCCCUGACUGCCGCUGGUGCUUCAGGGUGGAUGAGGUCAACUGGUGCCACUGGAAUCAGAACCUGGCCAUAAUCAACGAAGACCCGGGCAAGAACGUAACAGAGACCCUCCAAACCUCCAGUACAGUUCAUCAAACUGUCCGUGGCCUGAGGAGAGAUCGUUGGUCCACGAUGGUGCCGCGAGCUAUGGAGCAGAAUAAAAGGCAGCAACCACGGGAUCUAGUAUUGGAAAUGGAGCCACUGACAUCCAGACAUUGAACCUGUGCAGGGCCAAUGGGGGGCCCCGGGUCCUUAAGAACACCCUGCAGAUCGGAGGUCAUCAUACUCAAACUGACAAAAAAGUGUUGGGCCACAAAGUUUGCCACUUUGCACAAAACUCUGUUGCCAAAUAUAUGUAUUUAAGUAUUAUAAGAAAAUUGAACAGAUUUUUAGAACGUUAUGAAUCUAACGUAUGUUCAAGCCAACCAUUCAUUGCUCUAAAUAGGAUUCUACUUGAUGGUAUUAACCCAGGGGGAAGGUGCAUCUUUACCUGGUCGCUGGUUCGAAUCCCCGAGUUGACUAGAUGAAAAAUCUGUUAAUGUGCCUUGAGCUAGGCACCUGUAUGUACAGUUGAAGUUGGAAGAUUACAUACACCUUAGCCAAAUACAUUUAAACUCAGUUUUUUACAAUUCCUGACAUUUAAUCCUCGUAAAAAUUCCCUGUCUUAGGUCAGUUAGGAUCACCACUUUAUUUUAAGAAUGUGGAAUGUCAGAAUAAGUAGAGUGAUUUAUUUCAGCUUUAAUUUCUUUCAUCACAUUCCCAGUGGGUCAGAAGUUUACAUCCACUCAAUUAGUAUUUUGUAGCAUUGCCUUUAAAUUGUUUAACUUGGGUCAAACGUUUUAGGUAGCCUUCCACAAACUUCACACAAUAAGUUGGGUGAAUUUUGGCCCAUUCCUCCUGACAGAGCUGGUGUAACUGAGUCAGGUUUGUAGGCCUCCAUGCUCGCACACGCUUUUUCAGUUCUGCCCACAAAUUUUCUAUAGGAUUGAGGUCAGGGCUUUGUGAUGGCCAAUACCUUGACUUUGUUGUCCUUAAGCCAUUUUGCCACAACUUUGGAAGUAUGCUUGGGGUCAUUGUCCCUUUGGAAGACCCAUUUGCGACCAAGCUUUAACUUCCUGACUGAUGUCUUGAGAUGUUGCUAUAAUAUAUCCACAUCAUUUUCCUCCCUCAUGAUGCCAUCAAUUUUGUGAAGUGCGUCUCCUUCCUGAGCGAUCUGACGGCUGCGUGGUCCUAUGGUGUUUAUACUUGCGUACUAUUGUUUGUACAGAUGAAUGUGGUACCUUCAGGCUUUGGGAAAUUGCUCCCAAGAAUGAACCAGACUUGUGGAGGUCUACAUUUUUUGGGGGCUGAUUUGUUUAGAUUUUUCCAUGAUGUCAAGCAAAGAGGCACUGGGUUUGAAGGUAGGCCUUGAAAUACAUCCAACAGGUACACCUCCAAUUGACUCAAAUGAUGUCAAUUAGCCUAUCAGAAGCUUCUGAAGCCAUGACAUCAUUUUCAGGAAUUUUACAAGCUGUUUAAAGGCACAGUCAUCUUAGUGUAUGUAAACUUCUGACCAACUGGAAUUGUGAUACAGUGAAUUAUAAAUGAAAUAAUCUGUCUGUAAAAAAUUGUUGGAAAAAUUUCCUAACCGACUUGCCAAAAUUAUAGUUUGUUCACAAAAAAAUUGUGGAGUGGUUGGAAAAGGAGUUUUAAUGACUCCAACAUACAGUAUGUAUGUACAGUUGAAGUUGGAAGUUAACAUAUACUUAGGUUGGAGUCAUUAAAAGUUGUUUUUCAACCACUCCACAAAUUUCUUGUUUACAAACUAUAGUUUUGGCAAGUCGGUUAGGACAUCUACUUUGUGCAUGACACAAGUCAUUUUUCCAACAACCAAAUCAUGCACCCAGGGGGAGCCCCAGGACCGAGUUUGGGAAACCCUGUACUAAAAGACACACGAGUUAUUGUUAUACUGUGCCUUCGGAAAGUAUUCAGACCCCUUGACUUUUUCCACGUUUUGUUACGUUUUUAAAAAUCUACACACAAUACCCCAUAAUGACAAAGCGAAAACAAUUUUUUUUAAAUGUUGCUAAUUUAUUAAAAAUAAAAAACUGAAAUACCUUAUUUACAUAAGUAUUCAGACCCUUUGCUAUGAGACUCGAAAUUGAGCUCCGGUGCAUCCUGUUUCCAUUGAUCAUCCUUGAGAUGUUUCUACAACUUGAUUGGAGUCCACCUGUGGUAAAUUCAAUUGAUGGGACAUGAUUUGGAAAGGCACACACCUGUCUAUAUAAGGUCCCGCAGUUGACAGUGCAUGUCAGCGCAAAAACCAAGCCAUGAGUUUGAAGAAAUUGUGUUGAGGUACGUAUCUGGAAAAGGAUACAAAACAUUUCUGCACCAUUGAAGGUCCCCAAGAACACAGUGGCCUCCAUCAUUCUUAAAUGGAAGAAGUUUGGAACCACCAAGACUCUUCCUAGAGCUGGCCAAACUGAGCAAUCAGUUUGGCAGAAGGGCCUUGGUCAGGGAGGUGACCAAGAACCCAAUGGUCACUCUGACAGAGUUCCAGAAUUACUUUGUGGAGAUGGGAGAAACUUCCAUCUCUGCAGCACUCCACCAAUCAGGCCUUUAUGGUAGAGUGGCCAGACGGAAGCCACUCCUCAGUAAAAGGCACAUGACAGCCAGCUUGGAGUUUGCCAAAAGGCACUUAAAGACUCUCAGACCAUGAGAAACAAGAUUAUCUGGUCUGAUUGAACACUUUGGUCUGAAUGCCAAGUGUCAUGUCUGCAGAGAAGAAUGUGAGAAACUAGUCAAAUACAGGUGUGCCAAGCUUGUAACGUCAUACCCAAGCAGACUCGAGGCUGUAAUCGCUGCCAAAGGUGCUUCAAAAAAGUACUGAGUAAAGGGUCUGAAUACUUAUGUAAAUGCAGUAUAUAUACAGUGCCUUGCGAAAGUAUUCGGCCCCCUUGAACUUUGCGACCUUUUGCCACAUUUCAGGCUUCAAACAUAAAGAUAUAAAACUGUAUUUUUUUUUGUGAAGAAUCAACAAGUGGGACACAAUCAUGAAGUGGAACGACAUUUAUUGGAUAUUUCAAACUUUUUUAACAAAUCAAAAACUGAAAAAUUGGGCGUGCAAAAUUAUUCAGCCCCCUUAAGUUAAUACUUUGUAGCGCCACCUUUUGCUGCGAUUACAGCUGUAAGUCGCUUGGGGUAUGUCUCUAUCAGUUUUGCACAUUGAGAGACAUUUUUUCCCAUUCCUCCUUGCAAAACAGCUCGAGCUCAGUGAGGUUGGAUGGAGAGCAUUUGUGAACAGCAGUUUUCAGUUCUUUCCACAGAUUCUCGAUUGGAUUCAGGUCUGGACUUUGACUUGGCCAUUCUAACACCUGGAUAUGUUUAUUUUUGAACCAUUCCAUUGUAGAUUUUGCUUUAUGUUUUGGAUCAUUGUCUUGUUGGAAGACAAAUCUCCGUCCCAGUCUCAGGUCUUUUGCAGACUCCAUCAGGUUUUCUUCCAGAAUGGUCCUGUAUUUGGCUCCAUCCAUCUUCCCAUCAAUUUUAACCAUCUUCCCUGUCCCUGCUGAAGAAAAGCAGGCCCAAACCAUGAUGCUGCCACCACCAUGUUUGACAGUGGGGAUGGUGUGUUCAGGGUGAUGAGCUGUGUUGCUUUUACGCCAAACAUAACGUUUUGCAUUGUUGCCAAAAAGUUCCAUUUUGGUUUCAUCUGACCAGAGCACCUUCUUCCACAUGUUUGGUGUGUCUCCCAGGUGGCUUGUGGCAAACUUUAAACAACACUUUUUAUGGAUAUCUUUAAGAAAUGGCUUUCUUCUUGCCACUCUUCCAUAAAGGCCAGAUUUGUGCAAUAUACGACUGAUUGUUGUCCUAUGGACAGAGUCUCCCACCUCAGCUGUAGAUCUCUGCAGUUCAUCCAGAGUGAUCAUGGGCCUCUUGGCUGCAUCUCUGAUCAGUCCUCCUUGUAUGAGCUGAAAGUUUAGAGGGACGGCCAGGUCUUGGUAGAUUUGCAGUGGUCUGAUACUCCUUCCAUUUCAAUAUUAUCGCUUGCACAGUGCUCCUUGGGAUGUUUAAAGCUUGGGAAAUCUUUUUGUAUCCAAAUCCAGCUUUAAACUUCUUCACAACAGUAUCUCGGACCUGCCUGGUGUGUUCCUUGUUCUUCAUGAUGCUCUCUGCGCUUUUAACGGACCUCUGAGACUAUCACAGUGCAGGUGCAUUUAUACGGAGACUUGAUUACACACAGGUGGAUUGUAUUUAUCAUCAUUAGUCAUUUAGGUCAACAUUGGAUCAUUCAGAGAUCCUCACUGAACUUCUGGAGAGAGUUUGCUGCACUGAAAGUAAAGGGGCUGAAUAAUUUUGCACGCCCAAUUUGACAGUUUUUGAUUUGUUAAAAAAGUUUGAAAUAUCCAAUAAAUGUCGUUCCACUUCAUGAUUGUGUCCCACUUGUUGUUGAUUCUUCACAAAAAAAUACAGUUUUAUAUCUUUAUGUUUGAAGCCUGAAAUGUGGCAAAAGGUCGCAAAGUUCAAGGGGGCCGAAUACUUUCGCAAGGCACUGUAUAUAUAUUUUGUUUUGCAACAAUUUCGAAAAAUAUUGGAUGUAGAUUAUUAUAAUAUAUAUGUAUAUUUUAAACCUUUAUGUAACUAGGCAAGUCAGUUGAGAACAAAUUCUUAUUUACAAUGAAGGCCUACACCGGCCAAACCUGGAUGGCGCUGGGCCAAUUGUGCGCCGCCCUAUCACGGCCCGUUGAGAUACAGCCCGGAUUCAAACCAGGAUGUCUGUAGUGAUGCCUCAAGCACUGAGAUCCAGUGCAUUUUACUGCUGCGACACUCGGAAGGGAAAAAAAACAAUUGAAUCCAUUUUAGAAUAAGGCAACAGUACAGAAUGUCACCUUUUCAUUUGAGGGUAUUUUCAUACAUAUCUGUUUUACAGUUUAGAAAUGAAGCACUGUAUGUAUCUAGUCCCCCCAUUUGAAGGUGUCAUAAGUAUUGGACAAAUUCACUUCAAAAGUCUAGUAUUUGGUCCCUAGCAUGCAAUGACUACAUCCCGUGAUUGGGAGUGUGCAAAGCUGUCACCAAGGCAAAGGGUGGCUACUUUGAAGAAUCUCAAAUUUAAAAUAUAUUUUGAUUUCUUUAACACUUUUUUGGUUACUAUGUAGAAAAUAGUAAAAAUAAAGACAAACCCUUGCAUGAGUAGGUGUUCUUAAACUUUUGACCGGUAGUGUAUGUCUCUGAACACUUAAUUAAUUAGGGUUCUACCAAGUAAGAAAGUAAGUAAGAAAGUUAUAGAUGCAGAAAGAUCACGCCCCCUAAACAUGAUGACCUCUUAACAUAACUAAUAACAGGAGAGGUUAUCAUUUUUUGGGGUAUGAUAUUUAUGCUUUUCUAAACAUAUUCUAUUGUUAUUUACAAUAAAAAUGACUCCAAAAUGACACAAUACAUUAUUUAGCAUUAAUUUCUAUUGUAGAGUCACAGAAUUCAUGUAGCCAUUGCAUGCUAGGAAUAUGGGACCAAAUACUAUUACUUCUGACUCAAUUUAAUUCACUUUAAGUGAACUUGGCCAAAUACAUAUGACACCUUCAAAUGGGGGGGGGGGGGGGGGGGGCAGAUACAUAAAGUGCUUGCAUUUCUAAAUGGUAAAACAGAUUUAUGAGAAUACCCUACAAUAAAAGGUGACAUUCUGUACUGUCGCCUCAUAAAACAUUUGAUCUCAAAACCAAAAUGCUGGAGUAUAGAGCCAAAUGAAAAGUUUUAAACGUCACUGUCCAAGGAAAUACAUUGGGGUGUGUAUGUACAUGUGUUUUUAGAGGUUUGGUGUUCUAUGAAAAUAUACCUUAAUUUAAGACUGAAACAUUUGCUACUGAUCCAAUAUCACCCAGGGAAUGGUUUUGAAUAUGGAGGCAUUACUAUUGCAGUGAGGAAUAUUUAAGACGUCAAUUUAAGAUUGUGUUUUGAGGCCAUUUUGGGACAUUAUUGGAUGAAUGUCUUCCUAUGUGUUUCGAUGUUUUUUAUACAAUUCUUUAUACAUUUUGCAACAAAGUUAACUCCUGGUCCUUUGUGCCUUUUUUAUGAAUGAAUCAUAUGACAUAAUAUCAAAUUGCAUGAGCUAUAUGAUUUCUUGCUGUUCUGAAUCUGCAAUCAACAGCAAUCCUUAUGUUGGUCAGCAGAUGGAAGCAGAGGUCUAAAUUCCUAAAUAUGCUCAGUGGCCUUUCUUCCCUACAGCACAAAGGUUGUAUUCAUUAGGCACUAAACGGAAGGAAACAAACUGAAACAGUAAGGGACCACCUGAACUUGUGCAAUAAGAAAUGCUCUUUUUCCACUGCAAAAUGUUUUGCUACGGUGUGCCCAAAUGAAUACGACCCUGACUAAUUACUUCUCCAAUUUAAAAACAAAAGUCAAAGCCUA